CAAACAUCCACUCUUCUUCACUCUUCACUCUUCCCUUCUCACAUUCCCUUUGUCUGUAGGCGCUUGCUUCGGGACCACCCUGUCCUGCCCUGUCCUGCGCUGUUCCCUCGGCCGCUCCCAAUCGCGCAUCCGCCCGAGCCCAGCCAGCCAGCCAGCUCCCGCUGCCACCGACUCGUCGCAAACGCCCACCACCCCGCCUGUCCUGCCCUGCCCUACGCUGCCCUGCCAUCCAUUUACCACCCACUCAUUGGCUUCAGGCCCGCCCAGCAGCCCACGCGGGAAAUCGAAGAGAGAAGAGAAAAAGAAAAAAAUCAAAAUUCCAAGCAACAACCGAGUCCACCGCUGAGCCAUCGCAAGACACACCCACUGAGCCUUCGUCCCGCACCACCUCGCAUGACCGAUUCGCACAAAGAACCCCACGCCGAUUCGCGACGGCUGGACGACAUCACCGAGGGCAUUGCUCUGCCCGCAUCCCACUCUUCUUCUUCUUCUUCUUCUUCUAAUAAUAAUCACCAACAUCCCGACAUGGCCGCCGACGUCCUCUCCCCACGGAGCGAGCCCGCCUCCCUCACCUCGCCUGUCCCAAAUCGCACGUCGCUGCCUCCCCUCCUUACUUCCCCACCUUCCAAAGCCAAGCUAGAACGCCAAAGCUCCUACCACAACAAGCGCCUCUCCACCUUUUCCAACGUCUCCAAUCCUCAGUCGGUUCGUUCGCGCCCGCAGUCGACUGCCUUUCCCAUAUUCCAUUCGAGCCUGCCCUACACCUUGGUGCGGGACUUCGCCUAUGGGCCGCUGCACCCCCUCUUCUAUGGGCCUCUCCCCGACCAGCCCUCGGAGAUAUCCACCCCAGCCAGCGAAGUGAGUCGCCGUCUCUCAGACCCGCCAGCCGUGGCCUCCUACAGCGAUCGUGCGGGCCAGUGGGAUGCUGAAGAGCAGCUGCCGCAGACAUCCUUCGCCGAUGGCCCGCCGUACAGCGAGGAUGAAGACAUUUCAAGCCCGACUCGCGGUCGUAGAGGCUACCCAGACAGCAUGCGCCGAGGCUCCUAUGCGGGCCCCAAUGGAGAAUCCUCCUACCACCCCGUCGAAUCUCUCGAGCAUGCCUCUGGUCCCAACGGCGAAUACAUCACAUACCCUCCCCACUCACACCACUCCGCCCUCGAGGUGCCCACCGGCCACUCGCGUCGGGACUCUCAUUUCGCCACCACCCUCCCCCAGCGCGCCUACGCCGACGAAGACGGCCCGCCCUACGAUUCAGACGAAGACAUGUCGGAGCCUGACGAUUACAUCCACAACGAGAGCCGCUUCUCGCGCGACUACCAAUUCACAAUCGCCUCGCCAGCCGAGGAAAUGCAUGGCAAGGCGGUCGCCCUCUUCGACUUUGAGCGAGAGAAUGACAAUGAGUUGCCGCUUGUCGAGGGCCAGAUCAUACUCGUCUCGUACCGCCACGGCGAGGGCUGGCUCGUAGCACAGGACCCCAAGACGGGCGAGAGUGGCCUCGUACCUGAAGAGUACGUUCGUCUGCUGCGGGACAUUGAAGGCGGUUGGAACGGGCUCAUGAAUGGCGCGGCCGCUGCGGUGAUGCAGCAGGACACCCUGGCGGCCAAUCCCGAGGGGCUCUUGUCACCGGUAUCCGCUGGUCCCGAAGCCAAGACACCCACUCAAGCCGACCAUCGACCGUACGCUCCCGUCAUAUCUACCUUUUCCACGAGCACGCGAGACUUGGAGCCUUAUCCCAGGGAAAUGCUGGGCACUCCCACGGCUGCUGACGGUGGUUUCACCCGAAUUCGGGACGAUUCCAACGAGCGGCAUGCCGAGGAUCGCAGCGGUCCCAUGGAAGGUGUCGAGGCAAGCCCAGCUCCGCCCAGUCGGCCGCAGAGCCAGGACGCGAAUGCUUGA